AUGAAGUCAUUCAUGAAUUUGCCCGAGCGAAAAGCUGGCCGUGAACUGGUCAAUUAACCGUGAAAUCGUGUACCCGGUUAGAACACGAUCAUAAAUAUUUCAUGAUCAAUCGGGUCCUCGGCUGUGAUCUGCAGAUUUGCAGAAGCUUCCGAUGAAACUGAAAUGGUUUACACGUGCAUGUUUCGUAUCGGUUGGACAGCAUUUAAGCGAUCGUUCUUCUGAAUAGUAAGAAAAAAUGAAUUUUAUGAUGGUUGAGAAUAGCUUGCAUAUUCAGUCUUAACUGAUCAUAUAUUGAAUCCCCGAAAAAUAUAAAAUAUCCAAGUAUGACUAUAUAUAUUUAAUACUAUUUAAUAUUAAAGCAUUAAAGUGUUAUUUAAAUAUUUAAUCUAUUUGAUUUUAAAAAAUGUAUUUGAGAGAAGUUCUUCCUAGUAUGAUGCUAUCUCUCUUAUUCAUCAAAAAAUUUUCUCGAAAAGUGUAUAGAAUACACAAUUUGGUUUGUUACCAUUUAAUUCUUUCGAUUCCAGUGGAUUACAUACAUCUCAGAUAGAAUUCUGUUCUUCAGUUAUAGUUUCAAUUCUAUUUCACUAGAAUGGAGUCUUGGAUAGUUUUAGAUUACUUUAAUAUUGAAUCGCUGGGAGAGUUAUUAACACACUGUCACGUGAAAUUUAUAUACUUUGUCUAUUUAAUUUUCGUAAGAUAUUAUCUGUGUUUUUUAAUUUUAUUUUAUGAUCUUAUCUGAUUAUUUAUGUCGAGGGUGUUCAUCUUGUUUCAAUCGUUCUGAAAUAUUUAUAGGAACAAGAAGAACGUCGAUCGCCAGUUUUUGAAAAUGAAACAUUUAAUUCCUUUACGUGUGCUUUAUUCAGACAUGCUAGAUUUUCAGAUGAAAAGGAAUUAAAUAUGCAACGCGUUCGAGUGGAGCGUUAUGUUUCAACAGUUUCGAACUCUUGCUGCGCGCGAUAUUGUGUAUGGCGUACCACGCAAGCCGGAGGUCCUGCCGACCUCAGCGGUGAACUACGCCGUGGCGAUCAGAUACUCAGUGUCAAUGGCAUUAAUCUUCGGACAGCCACCCACGAAGAGGCCGCCGCGGCUCUUAAGGGUACCGGGCAGACAGUGACGAUCGUGGUACAGUACAAGCCCGAAGACUACAACAGAUUCGAGGCCAAGAUCCAUGACCUUAAGCAACAGAUCUCUCAGCAGAAUUUGAUGACAGGCACCCUCAUGAGGACCUCGCAAAAGAAAUCGCUUUACGUUAGAGCGUUGUUCGAUUACGAUCCUAACAAGGACGACGGGCUGCCGAGCCGCGGUUUGGCAUUCCGUUACGGUGAAAUCCUACACGUGACGAAUGCCAGCGACGAUGAAUGGUGGCAAGCUAGAAGAGUGACUCCUCAGGGCGAGGAAGAGGGUCUCGGCAUAAUACCGUCACGCAGACGAUGGGAACGAAAGCAACGCGCCAGGGAUCGUUCCGUCAAGUUCCAAGGCCACAUGCCGGUCAUCCUCGACAAGAAAUGGUCGUUCUCUUCGCAGCAAUCGACACUGGACAGAAAAAAGAAGAACUUCUCGUUCAGCAGGAAGUUCCCGUUCAUGAAAAGCAAGGACGACAAAUCCGAGGAUGGAUCAGACCAGGAACGGAGUAGAGAAAUUUUAUAUCGUGUCGAACUGCCUUAUAUGGAGGAACUGACGUUAGUUUAUCUGGAAAAGGAGGACGAUGACAUUAAUGACGAGUUUAGCAGCGAAGAAAACGUGCUGUCGUACGAGGCAGUCCAGCAGCUCACCAUACAGUACACACGACCUGUCAUUAUCCUCGGCCCUCUCAAGGACCGCAUCAACGACGACCUCAUCUCGGAAUUUCCCGACAAAUUCGGCAGCUGUGUGCCACAUACAACGAGGAGUAGAAGGGAGUACGAGGUUGACGGACGUGAUUAUCAUUUCGUCGCGUCCAGGGAACAGAUGGAAAGGGAUAUUCAGAAUCACUUGUUCAUUGAGGCCGGGCAGUACAAUGAUAAUCUUUAUGGCACGUCUGUGGCGUCAGUGCAAGAGGUUGCUGAGAAGGGAAAACACUGUAUUCUGGACGUGAGCGGAAAUGCCAUCAAGAGGUUACAAGUGGCGCAGCUGUAUCCCAUCGCCAUCUUCAUUAAACCGAAGUCCGUGGAGUCAGUUAUCCGUGGUGCAAGGUGACACACCGGAGGAGAUUUACGUGAAGGUGAAGGAGGUGAUCGCCGAGCAGUCAGGCCCGAACAUUUGGGUACCGUGCAGGGACCAGCAACUGUGA